AUGGAAGUCGCGUCAACUUCUACAGCUGAUGCUGUUGACGUCAUGAAGAAAUGUUUGGCCGGCGGAACAGCGGCUGCUUUCAGCAAGACAACUACGGCCCCAAUCGACCGUGUGAAACUACUUCUACAACUGCAGAAUCACGGAAGAGCUGCUGCAAUGCAGUACAAUGGAAUGCGUGAUUGCUUGCGUAAAGUCUCAAUUGAACAGGGAAUUCUUUCUCUGUGGAGAGGAAAUGGGGCCGGAGUUCUACGAUGCUUUCCGAAUCAAGCGUUAAACUUCGCACUUCUGGAUUUUUAUAAGAAUCUUUUGAUGACAGGCAUCGAUCGAAAAGGAGAAUUUGCUCAAUUUGUUCUGGGUUCACUCGCUUCUGGAGGGUUGGCUGGUGCCACCACCCUCCUACUUCUUUAUCCUUUCGACUUUGCACGAACACGUUUAGCUGUUGACGUAAAUGUGGACGGUUCGAAAAAGUAUAAGGGUAUGUUGGAUUGCCUUGACAUGAUGCGUAAACGGGAAGGUUAUGCUAGUUGGUACAGAGGUUUCUCCGCUUCCGUACAAUUUGUCUUCGCUUCACGAGCUGCAUUUUUUGGUGCAUUUGAUGUGCUUCGAACGAGUGUUGCUGAUCCAAAACAACUGCAUUUUUUAACGACUUGGAUGUUAGCACAGUGUUGCUUGAUAACUUCUGGAUUACUUUGUUAUCCAUUGGAUACAGUCAGACGUCAAAUGAUGAUGCAAGCAGGGAAACUCGAAAAGAGUUACCGAAAUUCAUUGAGCUGUUUUUGUCAUAUAGCAAAAACAAGUGGACGUCGAGGAUUUUAUCGUGGAGCAAUGACAAACUCUCUACGAUCCACUGGUGGUGCUAUGGUUGUUAGUUGCUACUACGAAUUUGCAAAAUAUUUGUAA